ACUAGUACACUCUCAUCAAGUAAACUAAAGAGACCAAACAGUGGAAGCAGAAGAAGAAGUAAAAAGUGAUGGACUCGGACGACGACCAGCAACCGGAGGAGAUUGUACCACUAAGCCAGAGGCCAGAAUGGUCGGACGUAAUUCCCGUCCGGCAAGAUGACGGUCCCAAUCCAGUGGUUCCUAUCGCCUACAAGCCAGAAUUUGAGGAGACUAUGAACUAUUUCCGUGCUCUUUAUCUCUCAGAUGAGCGAUCUCCUCGCGCUCUUCAACUCACUCACCAAGCCAUCCUCCUCAAUCCCGGCAAUUACACAGUUUGGCAUUUUAGGCGAUUAGUACUUGAAGCAUUAAAUAUAGACUUGCAUGAAGAGCUGGAUUAUAUUGAACGGAUUGCGAAGAAAAACACAAAAAACUAUCAGAUAUGGCAUCAUAGGCGGUGGGCUGCUGAGAAAUUAGGGAUUGAUGCUACAGCUAAGGAACUUGAGUUUACCAGGAAGAUUCUUUCUUUGGAUGCUAAAAAUUAUCAUGCCUGGUCCCACAGGCAGUGGGUACUGCAGGCUUUAGGAGGAUGGGAAGAUGAACUUAACUAUAUUCGGCAACUCCUUGAAGAUGAUGUUUUUAAUAAUUCUGCUUGGAAUCAGAGAUAUUUUGUUAUAACUAGAUCUCCCUUUCUGGGAGGCCUAAAAGCCAUGAGAGAGUCCGAAGUGAAGUACACAAUUGAGGCCAUUUUAGCUAACCCUGAGAAUGAGAGCCCAUGGCGAUAUCUUCGAGGCCUCUAUAAAGAUGACACUGAAUCUUGGAUUAAUGAUCAUCAAGUCUCAACGGUAUGUUUGAAGGUUUUGAGUGUCAAAACCAACCACAUAUUUGCUUUGAGCACACUUUUGGAUCUUCUUUGCCAUGGUUUUAAAGCAAAACAAGAGUUUAGAGAUGCUGUUGAUGCUCUGAGGGCAUCAGAUCCAGACCCACCAGAGCCUGACUUGGCAAAAGCUGUCUGUUCUGUUUUGGAGCGUGUAGAUCCAAUGAGAGUUAACUAUUGGAUUUGGCGCAAGAACAAGCGUCCCGCAUAGGCCUAACUAAUUACUGGGUUAAAAUUCUGCGGGUUCACAAUGUGAUCGGUUUGCAAGGAAUUGAUGUGGAGAUUUGAGAACUUGGUUCUGUGUACUCAUUUCUUGUGUAAAACCCGAAUUUAUUCAACUUCUAGCAUGUUGUGGAUCCAGCGGAGACAGUCUAUUAACUAUUUCACUGUAAUAUGACACUUGAAACUGAGUAAAUCUUGUACUAAUACCAUUGCUGCUGCUGCUGUUAUCUAGGCAGUCGGCUGUUUGUUUUGAAGGUUGAGUAAACAUUGUGUAGCAUUUGUAUUGUGAUUGGGAACUUUUAUGAAUGAGAAAGAAAUGAUUAUUCAUGGGAUAGAAA